AUGUCGCCAGACGCACAGUUUGGAGCUCUUGAGGUCCUGAUGCUGGACGAUAACAAACUGUCCUCUGGAGUCUUCAACAGUCUGGCAAACCUUAAGAGACUGAAGUAUCUAAACCUGCAGGGGAACCAUAUUUCUGAAAUUACAUUUUCGCAAAUUGAGGGCUAUUCCAGGCCUUUUCAGACUUCUGUUGAAGAGCAAACGGACAAAGAGGGUUUUGGCCACACUGAGACAAAUCCUAAUGCUGCUGAAAGAUCCAGCUUCCCACUACCUGAGCUUCAGUUUCUCAAUUUGGCAAACAACAAGAUUUCGGAGGAGGAAGCGUUGAUGGCGGUCGCUCUUUUCCCGAUGCUUCGAGAAAUUGACAUUCAAUCCAACCCUCUGACCACACAGAGGAGCGGAGAUCCUCCCUUACUGACCUAUUACCUCAAAGCGAAACUAGGGAUUAGGAUCAAUCGCAAAAAGACCCAAGAGGCUUUGAAGCUCUCGCUGAAGGUGUCCACUGACCCUAAAUGGAAGUUCAUAGAAAGACCCCCCAAAGUGUUGAAGAAGCCCCUGUUGAUGGAGGCACCCUGUCCCACCCAAACUCAUGUGGAGAAAAGUGAGUCGACUGCAGAGAAAACACCAGAAUCUGAGAGCGGGAAUUGCAGAGACGACACCUUCCAAGAGAGCACAGAGCACUUCUUUGUUACUCAGGCAACACAAGUUCCUGAAUUUGAGUGUGAUCUUCAAGCUGAUGAAAAAGAGAUUUCAGCAAACAAAGCCGAUACCAUUCCUGAAAGAUUCUACGAAAUGUUGAUGGACACAAAACCGAGUCCCGAUGCGGUGGAGCCUGUCGGAAUUCAAACAGCUGUUCGGAUGCUGGAACACAAACUGAAGAAUCUGAAUGUUUACAGAGACUCAAAACCAAAACUUGAUAGCAUCCAGAUGCCUUACAGCAAAAGAGAGAAAAGGAUUAAGGAACUUCCGCCAUUGAAGCCGAUAAAGCAGCCAACUGAAAGGGUGGAUAAACUGAUCAAGGAAAUGAAGGAGAGUACAACGAUCAGAGAAGUCCCCUUAAGCAGGGCCAUACAGGGCACCGGUGUUAACAAGCAGGAGCAAAAGGAAGCUCUGUCGCUGCUGAGGGACAUUAAGACAAAGCACAAGAUGGUCCAUAGGAAAACAAUGGAACGAGCAGCCAGCAUAGAGUCCGAUAGAAACACCAACCAAAACGGAGCUGAACCCCCACCUGUACAGAUGCUCUAAUACAUAUUCAACCCUCAGAUUAACUGUGAAUUUCUUUCUUCCUUUGAUAACAUUUCGUUGAUGUUGACAUGCAACUGGUGUGAAUGGAAUGGGUGAGAAAACCAACCUUGUGUGAAAUUGUAAGUGCUUUUCAUAUCGCUUUGCCUUUAUUAAGAUUGAUUGCUCAUAGCAAAGAUGAAACUGAGAAGCAGGAUGGAAACAAAUAUUUUCUAAGUCUGAUAACUGUCUUGUGUUUAGACAGGUUCAUAUUUGUAUGUUGUUCCUCUACUGUGACAUGUUUACAUGCUUUAAUGUUCAAAAAG